AUGUUGUUGUUUGAAUUUGACAUAGUCUACAUAAAUCAGAAAGCGGUGAAAGGAAGUGUCAUUUCUGAUUUUCUAGCAAGCAGAGCAUUGGAAGAUUAUGAACUAGUGAAAUUUGAAUUUCCAAAUGAGGACCUAAUGAGAAUAUUUGUUAUAGAAGAAGAAGAGGUUCCAAAGGAUGAAGUUUGGAAAAUGAAUUUCGAUGGUGCCUCAAAUGCUGUGGGACACGAGAUUGGCGCAAUACUAAUUUCACCUGAAAGAGAUCAUUAUCCCUUUACCAGUCGGCUCGCUUUUGAAUGCACAAAUAACAUGGAUGAUUAUGAAGCAUGCAUCAUGGGUAUUCGAACUACAAUUGAGCAUAAUAUUAAGAUCCUAGAACUAUUUGGUGAUUCUCCUCUAGUUAUUUACCAACUUCACAGAGAAUUGAUGACUCGGGAUUCCAAGUUAGUAGAAUACAAGAAUUUAGUGAUGGAUCUGAUAAAGGAGUUUAAAGAGAUCACUUUCACCUAUCUCCCAUAUGAAGAAAUUAAAUGGCGGAUGCCUUGGAUACGUUGGCUUCCAUAUUCAAGGCUAACGAUUAGGCUCGAAUAA